AAAGCUUGGAACAUAACAUUAACUCCUCAAACCACCAUGGAAGGAGGACUUUUCUCUGCUCACAAGCCUACUUUUCUUCUUCUUCUCCUUCAUAUUUUCCUGCUUGCUCUGCUUCCAUUCAAGGCCAUUUCAUCACCAAAAACACAGGCAGAAGCUUUGCUAACUUGGAAGAACACCUUUGCUUCUGCACCACCUUCUCUCCCUUCAUGGUCCCUCACUAACCUCAACAAUCUUUGCAACUGGUAUGCCAUUGUUUGUGACCAGAACAGCGAACAAGUUUCCCAAAUUGACCUCUCCAACUUCAACAUCGCUGCAACGCUAACCCAUUUCAACUUCACCCCAUUUCUCAAUCUCACCCAAUUCAACCUAUCUGGCAACUAUUUCACAGGGCAUGUGCCAUCUGCCAUUGGCAAACUCUCCAAGCUCACAACUUUGGACUUGGGCAACAACUUUUUCGAUCAAGAAAUACCUGUGGAGAUAGGCAAGUUAACAGAGCUCAAGUAUCUGAGUUUCUUCAACAACACUCUCACUGGUGUAAUUCCCUCUGAGCUGAGCAAUCUCCAAAAGGUGCAGUUUUUGAUUCUUGGAGCCAACUACAACUUACAAACUCCUGACUGGUCUAAAUUUUCAGGCAUGCCUUCUUUGACUUACCUUGAUAUUUCUGGUCUAAUAGGACUUCAUUCAGAAUUCCCAGAAUUUAUAUCUAAUUGUUGGAACUUGACAUUCCUUGACUUGUCUGGAAAUCUCUUUACUGGCCAAAUACCACAACAAGUAUUUACCAAUCUGAGCAAGCUUGAAUAUCUCAAUCUCACCAACAACCGAUUCCAAGGACCACUGCCAUCAAAUUUUCCCAAGCUUAAACACCUUCAUUUAGCACAAAACAACUUCGGCGGUCCAAUUCCUAAAGAUAUUGGUUUCAUAUCUGGUCUUCAAAGUAUUGACUUGGCUUGGAAUUCCCUUGAAGGGCCAAUUCCAUCCUCCAUAGGCCAACUCAGGGAGCUUAAAUACCUUGAUCUUAGAGAGAAUUCCUUAAACUCUUCAAUCCCUUCUGAGCUUGGUCUUUGUACCAAACUCACCUACUUGGCCCUGUCUUCCAAUCACUUUGAAGGGAAAAUUCCACCUUCUACAGGCCAACUCAGAGAGCUUGGGUACCUUGAUCUUAGAGAGAAUUCCUUAAACUCUUCAAUCCCUUCUGAGCUUGGUCUUUGUACCAACCUCACCUACUUGGCCUUGGCUUCCAAUAAACUCAAUGGGAAACUGCCUCUGUCCUUGUCCAAUCUGAACAAGAUCACCGAUCUGAGUUUAUUUGCUAAUCGGUUUACCGGUCCACUCUUGCCUUCUCUGUUCUCCAAUUGGACCGAAGUGGUCUCUUUGCAACUUCAACACAACAGCUUUAGUGGGAAUAUUCCACCAGAAAUUGGACUGUUGACAAAACUCAAUGUGCUUUAUCUCAAUGAUAAUAAGUUCUCCGCCUCAAUUCCGUCAGAUAUAGGAAGAUUAUCAAAUUUGACAAACUUGGAUCUUUCGAGAAACCACCUCUCUGGGUCAAUUCCUCUAACACUAUGGAAACUUCCACAUAUUCGGAGCGUAAAUCUUACCAACAACAAUCUCAAUUUUACACAAGAAAUCCAAAAAGCCCCUGACAAUACUUUUGUUGGAAACUCUGACUUGUGUGAAGAUGCUAGGGGCCUAACUAGAGCGUGCAAUUCCAAAAAAAAUAACAACGAAGAUAUAAUUGGUGUCCUUGUACUACUUGUUUGUGGUUUAUCAGUGGUUGCAACUACAAUUGCUCUGAUUCGUAUGUUCCAUAAGAAAACCAAGCGUGCUCUUAAGAAAAUCAAUAGUGCUCAAAACUUUGAGAAUUUUGAGUCAAUGAUAUUGCAAGAAGAAGUAAAAUUUACGUUUGGGGAAGUUGUAAAGGCCAUAGACGAUUUUCAUGAGAAGUAUUGUAUUGGAAAAGGAGGAUUUGGAAGAGUAUACAAGGCAGAAUUGCUAUCAGGUCAAGUUGUUGCCGUUAAGAGGCUUAACAUGUCAGACUCUAACGACAUUCCAGCAAUCAAUCUCCAAAGUUUUGAGAAUGAAAUCCGAACUCUAACAAAUGUCCGGCAUAGGAACAUCAUUCGGCUAUAUGGGUUCUGUUCAAGGAGGGGAUGCAUCUUCUUGCUUUAUGAAUAUUUAGAGAGAGGCAGCCUGGGAAAGGCAUUGUAUGGGGUUGAUGGGGUAAUUGAACUUGGAUGGGCUACAAGGGUCAAAGUUGUGAAAGGAUUAGCUCAUGCACUUUCUUACUUGCACCACGACUGCUCUCCACCAAUUGUGCACCGUGAUGCUUUGGAUUUGGAUAUAGGCCCAAUAAACAACGGGUGUCCCAAUAGCCCACUAGCCCGCAGAAGAUGCGAGCCAACGGAUCUAUUUGGCGGGAAGCAACGGGUCACGCGAGAGUGCCAGCUCAUCUUUCCCGCCAGAGACCCCGAUAAAUACCGGAAAACCCCACAUGGCCAUUGCUUCUUCUUCUUCUUCUUCUUCUCUGUGAGACUGUGA